GCGGGAGCGCGGCGGGAGCAGGUGGAGUGGCCGCGGCGGCGCGGCGCUGCCAUGGCUCCGCGUCCCGGCCCAGAGCACCAGCCCCCACCUCGGCCCUCCUCGCCUGCCCCUGGGGCCCACCAGACUUUGGCCUUUGCCGGCGCCCCAGCCUAACCAGCCUCCCCUCGCUGUCCGGUUUGGGAUUUGGGGGCUGAGCCGUCUGGGGUCCCGGGGCCAAUGCAGUGCCGCCUCCUCCGGGGCCUGGCGGGAGCCUUCCUCACCCUUCUGUGCACGGGGCUCCUCUCCCUGCGGUACCACUCGAGCCUGUCCCCCGACGGCGCGCGGGAGGCUCCCGCGCUGGGCCCGCCAAGCCCUCUGUCCCCUGAGCUGCAGUUGCGCGAUGUCUUCAUCACGGUCAAGACGACCCGAGCCUUCCACCACUCGCGCCUGGAGCUGCUGCUGGACACGUGGGUCUCCAGGACCAGGGAACAGACCUUUGUCUUCACCGACAGCCCAGAUGAAGGCCUCCAGGAGAGACUGGGUAAUUCUGGGUGGGGGUCCCACCUCGUGGUCACCAACUGCUCCGCUGAGCACAGCCACCCCGCCCUGUCCUGCAAGAUGGCUGCUGAGUUCGACACCUUCUUGGCCAGCGGGCUGAGGUGGUUCUGCCACGUGGAUGACGACAACUAUGUGAACCCAAGGGCACUGCUGAAGCUGCUAAAAACCUUCCCACAGACCCGCGACGUCUACCUAGGCCGGCCCAGCCUGAACCGGCCUAUCCGCGCUUCGGAGCCCAGGCCGCACAACCGCACGAGGCUGGUACAGUUCUGGUUUGCCACUGGGGGCGCUGGCUUUUGCAUCAACCGCAAACUGGCUUUGAAGAUGGCCCCGUGGGCCAGCGGCUCCCGCUUCGUGGAAACAGCCGCGCUCAUCCGGUUGCCCGACGACUGCACCGUGGGCUACAUUGUCGAGUGCAAGCUGGGUGGCCACCUGCAGCCCAGCCCCCUCUUCCACUCCCACCUGGAGACCCUGCAGCUGCUGGGGGCCGCCCAGCUCCCAGAGCAGGUCACCCUCAGCUAUGGCGUCUUUGAGGGGAAGCUCAAUGUCAUUAAGCUAGAAGGCCCCUUCUCCCCUGAGGAGGACCCUUCCAGGUUUCGUUCCCUCCACUGUCUCCUCUACCCAGAUACUCCUUGGUGCCCACAGCUGGUGGCCAGAUGAACCCUGAACUGCUGGGCAAAGAUUGGGCUGAGGCCUCUGGUUAUCCUUCGCCUCCCCAGGCAGCCCUGGGGACCUGUGGCAAGUGCCCUUUGGUGGACAGUCCCUGGCAUGGCCUCUGAGCGGUGGGCCAGCCCAGGGUUGGAUGGUGGCUGGCAGUGAAGGCAUGCUAGGCCCCCGGGAAGUGGAUUGGACAGCCCGGGGAACAGGUGCACCAGGUGAGGGCCAGAGAGGCCCCAGGGACUGGGCUUCUGUGGGUCUUGAGUGGCUGGAUUGAAUAAGCAUGGGGGAGGUGGGGGGCCCUUGAGCCGGGCUGGGGCUCAGGGGUCCUAACCCUCUAGAGAAUUACCUGGGCCCCUGGUGGGGUCUGGCCUUCCACCCCCAGCUCUGGUCUCUGUCGUUCCCCCUGGGGCCAAGCACUGGGCCGGCCUACUCCCGGCUCCCUCGGCUGGAGUCCCAGCCACGGAGGGGACCCAGGUGGAAUAGUGGCAGAAUCCAGGGUCUGUGGCAGAUACGGGUGUUGCCGACCAGUCUCCAGCUCCUUGCUCCCACCCCUUGCUAACAGAUCCCAUUUUGUCUGGAGAAUCAGCCUGCCCAGACUCAGAUCCUGGUUCAUGAGGGACCCCCGCCGGUCGUGAUGAUCUUUUUGGUCAUUUUCCCAGCCUCCCUUGCUCAGUCUAUUAGUAUGAACUAAACGAAGCCAAUAGGGAGGCUUCUGGAGAGGCUUCUGGGGAAGACCAGGCCCGUAUCCCCUCUUCCUGCUGUGAAUGUGGGUGCGAUGUCUAGAUCCGGAGUGGCUGCCUUGUUAUCACGAAGGAAAGGCCAUGACAAUCAUGCACGCUUGUCCCUUUUGGCAUCUGGCUCUGUAAGAAAAUUAAACCCUUAUUUGUUUAAACCUCU